UAAAAUAGCUUUCUUUAUCAGUUCCUUUUGAUCGAAUCUUAUCUCUUCCUUAUUAUUUUGUGUAAACAUAUAUUGCGUAUCAAAGUGGCUAUAGACCAGAGCAUUCGCUUGUAACAUUGAGCUGGUUUGUAAUAAGCAGGUAAGCAGUCAAGUAAACAGUUUAUUACGACUAGUGUUAUCGUAAUACAAGGAUUGUGAGUGUGCAGCAGUGUGCAGUUAGCGAAGUACCUGAAUAUGCAAUACACUGAAUCAUAGUGAACUUAUACAUUAUAAUGAACCAUGCAUGGUGCAAUAUUUGUAAUGCGUUACAUAUAUGUUGCAAUAUUUGUAAACGUUGAUAAAGACCAAUAAUAGUAACGUGCAAUGCAGAAUAAUGAAUGUGAAGAUAACUUUAUCUCGAUCACUCGAUUGGUAAAACUGUCACAUAGUGAUUAUAGUCCAUAGUGAUCCAUAAACGUUCACUGGUAACGGUCAGAGUACUUGAAUUCUCUUCAAGUGCCACAUGCGUUAAUUCGCGAGGUGUCCAGAAUUUUUGUAUCGAACUACACGGAGUUGCUCUUCGAGAUGCUCUACAAUACUGUACAAAGUGCACAAGCGUAUGCUCGCUAAAGGACAUAGCCUUUAAAUUUUUUCAGUAAGUCUCCACCAUUGACUUAUAUAAAACAUAGUUCAAUGGUCUCCACUGUCAUUUUGACGUAAAUUAUUCUCUCUCAUUUGACAUGUAUCCGCUUGCCUACUGAAUCGCGAAUAGCAAGAGUUAUAUUUGAAAACUGCCUUCGUAUUUGUAAUGUUUUACUAUUUAAAAUUCAAUCUCAAUCUCGUAUUUUUUUGUUGGAUUGUCUCUUUAAUUUGUUUAUACGUGUUACCAUCGUUCGGCUCUAAUUUUCUGGAUGUUUACAAAAGCGACAAAAUUUUCUUUCAGCUUUAAUACGCUUGAUCUACAAAUUAAACACAUCCUUAAUGCUCCGUCAUCUAUUUCUUAUGUACUCUAUAAUGGUUUUAUUAUCACUCUUAUAUCAGAUAAACAUGAAUCUUUAAAUCUCCCUUCCAAAUCCCUGGAUCCCUUUCCCGGAAAUAUCUUCAGUGACUAAAUUAAAAAUUGUCUGAUCGGAAAAAUGGCAGGGAAAAAAGGAAAGGGUAAAAAAGGAAAAGGUAAAAAAGGAAAAAGGAGGCGUAUCGACGAAUUCGAACUUCGCCGGGAAUUAAGAAGACAAGCGCAAAGAAGAAGCAUGUUGGAGGAGGAAGAGAUGGCGAAAAUAGAGUUACCGGAAGCACCGGAAGAAAUUAGACUCGGCGGUGUCGAAGGUGGAUCGUCUCAGUCCAUUUUUAUCAUUAUGGAUGGAAAAGGGACAAUUUUGACGGAAAUUAAGGGCCCAAGUACUAAUCAUUGGGCUCUCGGUAUAGAUGAAACGGCUGCCAGAAUAAACGCGAUGGUAGAAAAAGGGAAGCAAGCUAUAGGGAUGUCGGAAUUAGUCCCUUUAGAUUGUUUGGGUCUUAGCUUAAGUGGGUGCGAGGAAGAGAAAACUAAUCGUUCGCUCCAUGAAACGAUACAAGAAAAAUAUCCGGCCACUGCUAAAACGUUUGUCGUUACGUCGGAUGUUAUGGGCAGCCUUAGAACUGGCUUCGCGAAUGGUGGAAUCGUCUUGAUCGCUGGCACAGGUAGCCAGGCGUUUCUAGUCGAUGUGGGUAAUAAGAUGAGUAAAUGUGGCGGAUGGGGACAUAUGAUAGCGGACGAAGGCAGUGCCUACUGGAUUGCUCACAGAGCGUGCAAGUACGUGUUCGACGAUAUCGAUGGUCUAGCCCGAGCACCUAGACGCAUAAGCUAUGUCUGGCCAGCUAUAAGGCAUCAUUUCAAUGUGGUAACCAGGGAAGAGUUCCUCUCACAUUUAUACACCAACUUUAAUAAAACGCAUUUCGCUAGUUUCGCGAAGGAAAUUGUGCAAGGUUGUGAGAAAAAAGAUUCGCUCUGUUUAUACAUCCUUCAAGAGAAUGGAAGAUGGCUCGCGAAAUAUAUCAUAGCUCUUGCGAGGAAGGCUCACAAUGAUCUCAAGUUGAGUCCGGGCGGGAUAAAAGUUAUUUGUGUGGGAUCUGUCUGGAAAUCGUGGUAUCUCAUGAAAGACGCUUUCUUGGAUGAAAUUCAUCAAUCGAUGGCCUUGGACGAAUUAAGCCUAUUUCAUCUGAAAACUACGUCCGCUGUGGGUGCCUGUUACCUUGCCGCAGAGAAAGUUAAAUGGAUCUUUAAAAAACCUUAUGAAGAUAACAUUGAAGUAUUCCAUCACUAUAAGCGGCAAAAUUAUGUAAAACCGACAAGCGUGGAAGUUCCGGAAGAUACCGUUCCUUGCCCUGGUAUGGAGGUUCGAAGAUAAUAUAUUAAAAAGAAUCGAUUGUACUUUGCACAUGCAGCUUGUAUUAUUACAUAUACUCAAUAUAUAGGAACUUUUGAACAAUCAA